AGUUAAAUAUAAGCCCUAUAACAAUCUAGUAGAGUUUAUUAUUGUUUGAUAGAUUGUAGUAUUUGAGGUUAAUGUUUGCAUGAUUAGUACCAACGUAACAACUUAAAACGUAGCGUCUGAUUGAACGAACGAACGAUUUGUUAUUAUUAUAAGUGGGCAUAACCUUUAUUCUUUUUCGCUUUUAUUUUAAUCGAGAAUCAGUGCAAAUUCUUAUAAAUUAAUUGUUUUAACUUAUACUAAAUGCUACAUUGACUAAUUGUGCCGUAUAAAGUGUGUGAAGAUGUUCUGCGUCCAAGAAAAAGACUCCCACGCAGACCCGUUCUCCACAUCCGAAAAAGACCCGCUAGCAGUCCAGUCCUCCUCCGACGACGAACCAGCCCCGAAGCGCCUCAAAACCUUUGCACCGUCCCUCAACCUCCAAGUGUACCAAAUACCCGCUUUCAAUAAGGGCCUAUCCAUAUUCCCGACACCGGAUGUGAAACUGCCCAAGUUUGUGAACAAUCCGCUGAACUUGGCUAAUCCGUUAGCAUUGCCAAGUAUACAGGCCAGUAAUGUGGUCAAAUCGCUGCAUAGUAGAUAUUCGCUGCCGGCCAAGCUGAGCAUAACGCCGGUGCAGACGCCGAAGAGUUGUGAUUCCGGCGGAAUUGUCAGGUAUAAGAAGAAUGGUGAGAUUGCCAAGAAAAGGGGCCCACCGAAAGGAUACAAGAGAAAACCGAAAGUGGAUCUGUCGCAGAGUUUAAAUAAUGGAGCACUAUUACAGGCACAAAACACGAUCCUGACGAGUCUGCUCGCAGCCACCAACACUACACUCAGCGUGAGUCUGCCCAAGCCGGUGCCUGUCGCGCCCGAGCUCACUAUAGUGCCCAAAAUUAAAGUUCCAGAUGGCGUGGAGCUGGUAGAAAUGGCCCUGGACCCCGAGGACUGGUUCCCGGCAGAGCCCUACCGCAUGUCGUUCAGCCGCAAGAAGAACCCCAAGUGGAAGACCUUCCCCUACAGAUGUGAACACUGCUUCAAGGGUUACCGAGUGGCCUCAACCCUCCUCCAGCACUCGGGCGAGCGGCACGGCUGCGUGCCCAAGGCCCUGGCCAUCCCGUGCCCGUGCUGCCCCCACAUAAGCCCCCGCAGGAAACUGCACAAGAAACAUCUAGAAACGCACGAGGGAAAGAGACGGAGAAUAUUCUGCGUCUACUGCCUGCCGCCUAGAGACCCAUCGGAGCCCUACGUGAAAGAAUCAGAGAAGUACCCGUUCGACAAGUUCCCUCAAUACUGGUACGCUUCCGAGGAGUCUCUCCGGCUCCACAAGAAACGGAAACACCCGUACGCCGCCAUGUUGCACUACAACUGGUUUAAUACCUGGACCGACGCCAUGCCUAAUAGCUAGUAAGUUGGUUGUAAGUUAGGUUUAGGCGGG